AUGCCUGACAUCUUCUACCUUCCCGGAGGCUCGACUUAUAUCGCCAUCACCGCCCUGAUAGCUAUCCUGUGGACAACUCUGGUAUUCCUGGUACGCGUCUUCCUCCGUCAGCGUGUCAACGGACCGUUUGGCUGGGACGAUGCGGCUUGUGGCGCCGCGACAUUCCUGGGACUUGUACAUUCCGCAUUGGUUCUAGGAGCAGCACACUAUAGCUUAGGAUGGCCACUCGAGACCGUGACAGCUCAGGACUUCAAUAAAUGCCUCAUUUUGAUGUACGCCUACAGCUUGAUAUACAUCCUGGCACUUGCCUUCACCAUGAUCUCGGUGGCACUUCUGAUGCAACGCAUCACCAUGGACAAGAAAGUCAUCAGGUGCACCCACGGCCUCAUAGCAGCGACCGUACUCUAG